AUGCGGGAGCUGGUGGAGCCGGAGUGCGGGGGCUCCAACCCGCUCAUGCAGCUGGCCGAGCACUUCACCCAGGACAAGGCCCUGCGGCAGGAGGGGCUGCCAGGCCCCGCUGCUUGGCCCCCCGCGCGCCCCGCUGACGCCGUGUCCAAGCCUCUGGGAGUGGCAUCUGAAGAUGAGCUGGUUACAGAAUUCCUCCAGGAGCAAAGUGCUCCCUUGCUCUCCCGUGUCCCCCAGACCUUUAAGAUGGAUGAUCUGCUGGCUGAGAUGCAAGAGAUUGAGCAGUCAAGUUUUCGCCAAGCCCCCCAGCGAGCUCCAGGUGUGGCAGCCCUGGCUCUGUCUGAGAACUGGGCCCAGGAAUUCCUGGCUACCUCAGAUGCUACGGCUGAUGGGUCCCCAGAUUACAAUGAGGCUGACUGGUCACAGGAGUUGAUUGCAGAGGUGACAGACCCUCUGUCUGAGUCUCCUGCCAAGUGGGCAGAAGAAUAUCUGGAGCAGUCAGAGGAGAAGUUGUGGCUGGGGGAAUCAGAAGACCAGUCACUAGCAGAUAAGUGGUAUGAAGAGUAUCAGCCCGAAGAUGAUCUUAAGAAAACUGCCAUCGAUUUCCUUUCUAAAGUGGAUGACCCCAAACUCAACAAUUCUGAGUUCCUAAAGUUUGUCCGCCAGAUCGGAGACGGGAGGGUGUCGAUCCAAGCUAAUCAGGUGACUCUGACCCCCAGAGACCAGGAUCAGGCAGAGCAGUGGGCAGCUGAGUUUAUACAGCAGCAGGGGGCUUCUGAUGCCUGGGUGGAUCAGUUCACGGGGUCUGGGAGCGUGUCGGCUCUUGAUACAGAAUUUGAGCAGGCCAAGAGUGCUGUUGAGUCGGACGUUGAUUUCUGGGACAAGCUCCAGGCAGAGUGGGAGGAGAUGGCCAAGCGAGAUGCAGAAGCUCAUCCCUGGCUCUCAGACUAUGAGGACCUUGCCGCCUCCUCCUAUGACAAGGGCUACCAGUUUGAGGAAGACAAUCCCAUGAGGGAUCAUCCACAGGCAUUUGAAGAGGGGUUGAAGCGCCUGGAGGAGGGUGACCUCCCCAAUGCUGUCCUGCUCUUUGAGGCUGCAGCACAACAGAAACCUGACCACAUGGAGGCUUGGCAGUACCUGGGAACAACCCAAGCAGAGAAUGAACAGGAGCUCUUAGCCAUCAGCGCCCUCAGACGGUGCCUGGAGCUGCAGCCUGGGAACCUCACAGCACUCAUGGCCUUGGCUGUCAGCUUUACGAACGAGUCUCUGCAAAAGCAGGCGUGCGAGACCUUGCGUGAUUGGUUGCACCAUAGCCCUACCUAUGCUCACCUGGUGGGAAAGGACUCUGAUGGGAGCAGCUUGGGGACAGGUUUGGGGCACUCCAGACGUGUCCUGGGCUCACUGCUGACUGAUUCACUUUUCAUGGAGGUGAAAGAGCUGUUCCUGGCAGCUGUACACCUUAACCCAUCAGCCGUGGACCCUGAUGUGCAAUGUGGCCUGGGUGUCCUCUUCAACCUGAGUGGCGAGUAUGAGAAGGCUGUGGACUGCUUCAGUGCGGCAUUAAGUGCACGCCCCAAUGAUCACCUUUUGUGGAACAAGCUGGGUGCCACCCUGGCCAAUGGGAAUAGGAGUGAAGAGGCUGAUGGGAAAGGGGGUGAAGGAGCUUGGGCUGCCUAUCGCCAGGCUCUGGAGCUGCAGCCAGGCUACAUCCGCUCCCGCUACAACCUGGGCAUUAGCUGCAUCAACCUGGGGGCCCAUCGGGAGGCAGUGGAGCACUUCUUGGAGGCCUUGCACAUGCAGCAAAAGAGCCGGGGCCCACGGGGCCAGCAGGGUGCCAUGUCCGACAACAUCUGGAGCACCCUCCGCAUGGCCCUCUCCAUGCUGGGCCAAAGUGACCUGUAUGGGGCAGCCGAUGCCCGGGACCUCCCCACCCUGCUCCAGGCCUUUGGCCUCCAGCAAUGACUCGGGGAUGGGCUCCCCUGUGAAUGCAGGAUGGGCCCAGUCUAGCAGUGAUAUUCCUUGGGAGGGAAAAAUUGAUUAAGGCUCAUGCAUAUCUCCUCUUCAUAUCUUCCCUUUGCUCUGCUGAGGCAAAUUAUUGGCUGCCAUUUUUGUAGGAUGUCCUACAGCAGAGUAUAACUUUUUCCCACCUUGCAUCUUAUGACCUAAGCAUCAGUGAGCAGCUCAUGUGGCACCAUCUUCUCAUGUGUAUCUGUCCCUGGCUUGGGAAUUAGGAUCUUUAUCCUGUGUUCACUUCUUAAAAGAGACCCUAUGACACAAAGCUUGCAGCAUUACCUUCUAAUAAAUCCCCACUGGCACCAGCUGCUCACAUGAGACCCUAUUGUGAUAAUCCUUUCAAGCAGACUGCCUGCUAGUAGCACUGGGUCAUUGUGUGCUGCUUUGGCUUGCUGCAAUUCUGCCUGCUGUGGGGACUGAUAACCCUGAUUUUUUUUUUUCCCAGCUGAGAAAACAAGAGUUUUGACUCCAGGUUGUGUACAUGGAGGGCAGUCACUUUAGGAAUUUUGUGGAUUCCCCUCCCUCCCUUCCCCUCCUUUUCCAGGUGCUCGGUAUUGAUCCUGGUAUCCUGUUUAGUGUGUCAUAUUUGGCUUUGCUCUUGCUGAGAUGGUGGGGGAGGCUCUGAAACCACAGUGGGGAGAGGAGAACUCUAGGCUGCAUAUAUCUAGGGAUAUGCCGGCUAGACAUGAAAUCACCCUGGCUGAUACCAGGCUGCACUGGCAGGUCAAGAUUUAAUGACAGAUGAUCAAGGAAAAAUUGUUUCUUUUUCUUUUUGUGCAAAUAGUCCUUCUCCCACUCUGUAACUGAUCUUGUUAAUUAUAAAUAUCUGUAUAUGAUUUUGUUUGGGAAAAUUUUAACUGUAAAAUAUUUUGUAUAAUAAAAAGGGGGGAAAUGAUAUUUGCCAAAAAAAAUUCUGGGUCGGUUGGUCUGUCUGUCCAUCUGUCUGUGUCUGUAUGGGAGCAGAGCAGGAUGUAAAUGCCCAUGAGCAGGGGAAGCACUUUAGAAUUUGAGAGAGGAUUUAGGUACACUGUCUGUGGGACUUGAUACUGUGUGGGCUACAUGUGUCCCCAACCGCACAGUUGUUACUGUGUAACUGCUGUUACCAUGCAGUCCCAGCAGCGCACAAUUCAUUUCCGACCCUAUUGCGCAGUAGCGUUGGCAUCAUGGUUUGUGCCCACAGAUGCUGUGUUGCCGUAGCAAUGAGCUACAUCGCUGUUGCUCUUUGGUACAGUGACAUAGUGUCUCGUGUAGACAUGCCCUGUGUUUAUAAGCCCUCUUUUUCUGUAUGCUCCAGAGCUAGGUACAGACAGUCAAAAAGCCCAAGGCUGAAUCGAUUCAGUCUUUUCAGGUUAGUCUGAGCUGCACAGAUGAAAUUGAAACAGAAAUGAACAGACCUUUAAUUCAGGA